CCGGUGUCACACUUACGACAUGACUAAUGCUGCUGUUUACCUGUUCUUUUGCUCCCUUAAAUUGCCAGACUAAAUAACCUUCACCAUGUCGAACACGGUAGGCCAAAUUUCCCGCCUUUUUCUCCGUCACCGGAAUAGGUCGGCAAACCGUGACGCGAAGGCCGCACCCGGCGAAAUCAAAGCUGUUAGCGCAGGGGAGGGCGGCAAGGCCGUGCUGGCCCCAACAAAUUGCAGUGGUAGCGAACAGCAAGCGGACCCUUUGGAAGAGGCGAGCAGCAACGAGGAUACAGCGCCCCCUACCGCCCAACAGCUCCAGGAGGAGAUCGAAAGCCAGAGGAAAAUGCUCCAUAGAGAAUUUGACAUGGAAAGGAUGCACAAGGAGUUGCUGCACAUCGAAGUGGAAAAGCUGCACAUGGCCCGCGAGAACCAGCUGAUGAACCGACAAUUCAUGGCCGUGCUGAAGGAGAGGCGGGCGCUAGACCGGGAGAGGAAGGAGAUGAUCGCCGCCGCGGUGGAGGUGUGGAGAGAACUGUCAGGAGAUGAAAACUUUAAAGGCAAAAAAGUGCACAACUUGAACGAGGCCAUCUCCAAGGCUCUCCACCAACCAGCGUCCGCCAGCAAGAUCAAGGAGGAGGAGCCCCGCCUUUUGAGGCGACUGCGCGCUUGCAAGACCGAGAGCGAGGUCCGCAAAUUCCAGGCUGACCUGAAAAAGAAACAGGAGGCGCUGUUCCAGCUGCUACUGAAAUCCGAGACCAUGAUCGCGACGGGGUCGUUCCACCAACCGAAGACCAAGGACCGCGGGGGCAAGGACGCCGCCGACACCCCGAGGACCGGCCCGCCUGUCCCGCCAAAGCCCGCGGUCAAAAGGUCCCGGUUGGGCGAAAUCAGACUGGCGAGCAGUCGACCCGUUGGCGAUCCGCCGCCGCGACCGCCCGACGACCAAGAGGCAGCAGCGAGCAACUUGCAGCCAAUCAUCGAGGAAGGCCUGAACGCACAACUGGCCAAUGAGCGCCAGGAAGAUGAUCUACCGACCAAUGAUGAGCCGGAGCAUGUGCCCACAAGGAACGUUCUGACGUGGAAUUUGGACGUAAUGGGGAUCCAAGAAACAUCAAUAUGAAAGAAAUAUUUGAAAGCACGAAAGGCAACAAUUGAAGUCCUGUGCCCGUGGAGAAAGCGUGUGACCGAAAUAUUGAACCACACAAAAUUUGGAAACUUCAAAGCAUGCUGCUACCAGAUACUGCACAUGCGUAAUAGCCGCGAUCCUGUCACCUUUUCAAGGGGAUUUGUCUUGAUCAGUGUGUGAGGACCGAAUUUUUAUAUUUUACCAAACAUCGGGAAAAUGGUAGAGUUUUGCUAAGUUGCUUAGUUUACCCUCAGGGAUCGAUAUAUUUCUUUUCUUGUAGCCCCCAUUAAACACAAGAUGGCAUAUACUACACAAGCAAGCAGAACGCAUGGCUUAGUGGCCCAGUAAAGUUAAAAAUUAAAUCCUUCAUAACAAAAUGAUUCUUCUAAGCUGACUACUCACGCUCGUCCCCACUUGUGUUGAGUGAAAGCCUGUGGAACUAUUAAGUCUCUACAAUAGACUCAUGCCCUGUAAUGCACGACAGGUACCACGACUUAUUGUAAUCCCACCCCACUUCAAACACAGCACUCUGGAGAGUUGUUACUUCAAGAAGAAAAUCGACCUCGUUCCCUGUCGUCGCCUGGCUACGGUUUCCCUUAGAGACAAGAUCGGCGCGCGACGUAUAGCUUUGAACAUGCGGUCGUGAGCACAAUUUUUGCGCAGCCACUGUUAUAACAGAU